AUGGCUUUCCGACUCGUAUUGUUCAACAUCCUCCUACUCUCUUCGACCUCUCUUGCGCAGGUUGUCGGAGCAGCAACUGGUUUUGCAAAAGGCGUGACCGGUGGUGGUAGUGCCACGCCGGCUUACCCCGCCGACAUUAAAGAGUGAGUUUGGUUCGUUCUCACUAUAGAGGGAUGAGUGGGUGCUAAUAGAGUAGGUUACGGUCAUGGCUCACUGAUUCCACUCCUCGUGUCAUCAUGUUGAAGAAGGAGUAUAACUUUAUUGGUUCCCAGGGGACAGUGACUGCAACUGGUAUGUUGUCGCAGCACUGUUUGCUUUCAGGAUGAUAUUAACCAAAGUACAGGUUGUCGUCCAUCAAGUAACACUUGCCCUGACUCUGGUGGGCAAGAUGCCAUUAACGGAGCCGAUUGGGUGUGUUUGCUUUUUUUUUCUUCCCCCCCCACCCCUCUCCUUCCGAUAUGGCCUGCCUGUUAAGGGCAGAAACUGAUAUGAUUUAUAGUGCACAAGGUACGGGCAUCCAGAUAUUGCUGUGACAUACGACAAGGCUGGAACCACCUUUAUUGAUGUCAAGAGCAACAAGUGAGUCACCUUUAUUGCAUAAUUGGCGAACCCAUGACUAAUUGGUUUAUAGGAGUAUUGUUGGAAAGGGAUCUUCAGGUGUGAUUAGAGGGAUUGGUAUGUUUCCAAGCUGGAUCUCGCCUUCUGCCGCUAAUUUCCCUAGGCCUCCGAAUUGCUAACGGAGCUUCGAACAUUAUAAUCCAGAACGUCCACAUUACUGUAAGGCGCCAAGAACUACCCUCUAUGGAUCGAAAUAGCAAUUAACUCCCUUCAGGAACUGAACCCUCAAUACAUCUGGGGAGGUGAUGCUAUCACUCUCGCUGGCUCCGAUUUGGUCUGGUAAGGCCCCAUUUAUCCCCGCACAACCGACCGAAUCCUGACUAACGAUGGCACAGGAUCGAUCACUGCAAGGCAUACCCUCUCAUCCCCAAAUUUCUUGAAUAGGAGCUAACACCCUCAGUUCUCUCUCAUCGGUCGUCAGAUGGUUGUCACCGGUUACGCCAAAGCUGGUAGAGUCACCAUCUCUAACAACGAAUUCGACGGAAAAACCAGUUGGUCCGCCACCUGCAACGGUGACCACUACUGGACCAUGCUCUUCCUGGGGUCCAGCGACUUGAUCACCUUGGCCGGCAACUACAUCCACGACUGCUCCGGCCGCGCUCCAAAAGUAUUAUAUAACAUCAUCCAACUCCCACACUUCAAGAAGGUGAAAAAACAACGCAGCUAACCCUCCACAGAUCGGUGGUGAAGGCUCCGCAAACGUCUUAAUCCACGCCGUCAACAACUACUUCAAUUCAAUAGGUACCCAUCCUUCCUCUCUCCCUCCUCUAGUUUGUAAAGAGAAAAACACCACUAACCCAACCCUUAGGUGGUCACGCAUUCGACCUAGGAACAGGCGGCAUGGCCCUCAUAGAAGGAAACGUCUUCGAAUCCGUAACCACAACAAUCACAACCACAUCCGUAUCCGCCGGCGGCCGAAUCUUCAACGCAUACGCCUCCAGCGACUCGAACACCUGCACAGCCUCCCUGGGUCGGGCGUGCGUUCAGAACACCGUCUCUGGCAGCGGCCUCUGGAAAGCGUACACAACGUCCAGCUUCCUGACCAAAUUUUCCGGAAAGGACGUACAGGCCGCCGCGGCAGUCAGCGGCGUGAAGUCUAACGUCAAGUCGAACUCUGGUGUGGGGCAUAUUGGAAACUAAGAAAUUUCCAAGUCGAAGUGGGUGGCGGCCAUCAUGUAACAUAGCACUCGCUCGCUGGGUGGCGAAAACUCGAUGAAUAGUGUACAGUAUCAUACCUGGAUUUAACGUCUAAUUGAUUUCGCGGCAAUUUCCGUCCGCUACUUUAAU